UUUUUUUUUUCUUUUCCAGGAGUCCCUUCGGUCCCUGAUAGCGGGAGCCUGGACCUCUGAGGCCGAGAGGGUGCUGUGUCCCCGGCCUCCGAGCCGAGGUGUCCCGGCUAGGGGGCGCCUCCGAGACUUUAUUUUUUCCAGGAUCCUCCCCGGUCCCUGCCAGCGGGAGCAUGGACUUCUGAGGCCGAGGGGAAGCUGUGUUCCAGGCUAUCUACCAUGGCCUCCUCGGUCUGUGAGCACUCAGGGUUCUAAGGUCGACCAGUUGUUCCUUUGCGGUCCGGUUCUCUUUCUACAUGGGGACCUCUUGGGGACACGUCACCGAACAUGACUUCCAGACGUUCCGUGUGGCCUGUCAUGUUUAUCCCUGUGUCUUUUACACUUUUCAUCUUUGCUAUCUGUCCUUAUUGUACCUGGAGAUAUAUGCUGACACGCUGUCCUUUUGACUCUUUUUGUCAUUAAAGGACGUUGGAAGAGGCUUGCACCAAGGCUGUUUGCUUGUCCAGCCCUAGCUCUUUUCUUCUGCGCAUGGGCCUCUUCGAUGCUCGAAGCUUAGCGUCCCCCCAUGAGUACGCGCUUCCUGCUUUCCCGUGCUUGCUUGCCUGUGCUCUGUGGGGCAGCUUUAUGACAACCGUCCCGCGUGUCAGGCGUUCCCGAUUUCCCCGUGGUGGUUGUCGUCCGUUACCGGUAGGAGUCGUUGGUGCCGAGUGCGACUGGAAGGGUUUUCCCGUUUGGUGCUAGUGACCCCCUGGCGUGCUCCUCUGCGGCCGACCGGUUUUUUUAUUUGUUUUUUUUUUUUUUUUGUUUUUUGUUUUUUUUUUUUUUGUUUUUUGGAAGGAGUUCCCGAACCUCCGCUGCUUGGUGGUGUGUCCCUUUCUUUCCUGCUGUGUGCCUCCCGAGUUGCACCUUUUCUCCUUCGAAGGGGAUUUUAUUUUUUUAUUUUUAUUUUUUAUUUUUUUUUUUUUUUGAAGGAGUUCCCGAACCUCCGCUGCCCGUUGAGUCCCGUUCUUCCACGCCACGUGCCUCCCGAGUGCAACGCUUCCUUUUUUUUCUCGCCCUCGAGAAGGGUAAAUUUUUUUUUUUUGUGUGUGUGGCAGUGUUAGCGACUUCUUCCCGUGCUCUCUCUCGCUCUUCUCGCUCGUAUUCCCGUCCAGUGCGUUGUUAGAAAGCUCUCACGCCCGUUGUUCCCGAUGCAUGGCGUGUCUCGCUCCCGUUGGAUCGAUGUGGUGCUGCCGCGUUCUCUUCGGGCCGGGGCCUAAGCCGCGCCAGGCGAGGGACGGACAUUCAUGGCGAAUGGUCAUUCAGCGCGAAUGGCGACCGCUCUUCUCGUUCUGCCAGCGGGCCCCUCGUCUCUCCUCCCCAUUCCUUUGCAGGGUGGUGUGUGGAAGUCAGGGGUGCGGCUGUCCGGCACGAGCGCUGACCCGCGCACACUUGUUGCUGUGGUUCGCGGUGUCCCUGUGGACGUGUCGGGGGCGCUUGCCCCCACGCCGUUCACUGCUUCGCGGCCCUCUUCCCCCGUGCCGGGGGAAGGUGGUAGACCCGCUGCGGUGCAUACCCUUCCCGAAUGGUGUGUGCACGCGCCCUGCUUUGUGUGAGCCUUGCGGUGCUCCUGGAGCGUUCCGGGCUUUGACCACCAAGGUGCCCGCUUCUGAGUUGGCGGUGGCGCUUCCCGCUCCCCGGCGUGCCUCCUGUGCUCCAUGGUGCUUGUGCCUUUACGCUUUCCCUUGUCCUAGUUGCCGGCUUUCUGCACGGUGACAGAAAGGGGGGGGGUCGAGGAGUUGAGUGUGCGGUUAAAAGGCUCCUUCCGUUGGGUGAGCGCCCACCCCGUGCCUAUGUUUUUGGUGCCUUCACCCGCGGGCCCUGCGCGGUUAGGGUGGUGCUGAGCGAUCGCGGCUGGCCCUUUUUAAAGACCGGACUCCCUCAAGUCAAGGCUCCUCCUUUGUGUGCGCCUUGAAGAGGCCUGGCUCUCGGCGGGGACCUGUCGCAGGUCCCCCCGGUCCGCGAAUGCUCAAGAAGACCCCGGAGAAAGAGACCUUUGCCGAUACCGCAGACCCCCCACCAGCUGGCGCGUGGUCCUUCCCGUUCUGUCCCGCGCCUGUUGCUCGUUUCCCGUUGCGUGCACGGAGCCCUUGGCUGCUCGUCGGUGUUGGGUUCGUCCCGCCCUCAGUGAGGAAUUUGCCUUCUCUAGCUAUCUUCGGAAAGGGCUUUACGAUCUCCGAGGGGCUUCUCCCGGAUGGUCCCCUCGGCUGCCCGCCCUGACCUCAGCCUUCUGCGCGCAGCGUUUGCUCUCUCGCCUA